AUGUCUCGUACUCUUUUUCUCCCCCCACCCCCAGCCCCAGCCCCCUCCCCCUCCCUCCUGCAGCAGAUCUCCUCUCUCCGUGAAGAUGUUGAGGGGGGCGGCGACCCCGCGGGGGGGCUGACUCUUCAGCUGGGGGGGGGCGAGCAGCCCGCCAGGCCGGGGCUCAUCCAGGUGAUCUCCAGCUCGGAGAGCCCCCUCCCCCUCCCCCGGCGCCCACCCCACCGGCUCACCCUGCAAGCGGGCGCGGGCGACCAGGGUACCCGCAGCCUGGAGCUCAGCGUAGAACUCCCGGGCAUACACUCCGUGGCCGAGUGCCAGCUCAGCAUCACCCAGGUGCUGCCCUACCCUUCGUCACCAUCAUCAUCAUCAUAUCCGUACUGUGCCAAACACAUGACAUUUUCAGUUGCUACUCACUUCAAUGUAGUCGGUCAGUCAAGUCAGCUUCUUAGCAAGCAUUUAGUGUGCUGUGCUGUUCAUCAGAAACACACCUGCCCCAGUAACUAUGGCUGCAGCUGUAGGCCAUUCUCUAAUAUAGACACCUUGAGUUUGUAAAGUUGUGAUGUAUAAUGCGUGUGUGAUGCGGUGUCCAUUCUCUAAUAUAAACACCUAUAAUGUGUGUGUGUGUGUGUAGUAGGGCCAUUCUCUAAUAUAGACACCUAUAAUGUGUGUGUGAUGCAGUGUCCAUUCUCUAAUAUAGACACCUUGAGUUUGUAAAGUUGUGAUGAAUAAUGUGUGUGAUGCGGUGUCCAUUAUCUGAUAUACUAGACACCUUGAGUUUGUAAAGUUGUUAUAAUGUGUGUGUGUGUGUGUGUAGUAGGGCCAUCCUC